AUGUCCGCGAAGCCCCUCAUUUGCUCUGUCCUCUAUUCUCUGAUCCGUCCUCAGGCCUCAGGGUUCGAUGGACGAGCUGCCGAGACCCAGCAGCAGAAGACUUGCUGUCACCUGCGUGACAUCCAUGGUGCUCAUAACGCAGGGACCAGUGCAGUCGAUUCGUCUCUCGCGGACUUCCCAGCCCUGGGCAUGAUUGCACCUCAGAGCGUCGUGCACCACAUGGAGAACACCGCUGGCUACCCCGUUGUCGGCUAUUACACUUCUGCCAAUGUGCUGCAAGCGAGGGCAAAUAUGCUUCAGCCCUCCCUUGGGGCUUGCCAAUACGGCGCUCCCGGAGACUGGCCUGCAAUGGGCGUAGGCUGGGAUUCUGCGAGCUACAUCUCCGCAUAUGCCCCCGUGUCAUUGGCAAACGGUGUGCUCUCGCAGACUGCCUCUGCACGCCAGUUCAAUCAUGCAGACCCUGGUAAUGCUACUUCCGACGACAAGCAACUCGGAGUCUAUCAUCGAUCUGGGGAGACGAUCUCAAUGCCAUCUGAGUCGGGAUUCCCCAACCACAUGAGCGAGCCCUUUGAUACACUUGUUCUCCUGUACCCAUCCUCGGACGAUGAGGCCAUUGACGAGCCCAGUAGCUGCCCGUCUCCUGUGCCGUCACUGCAGUAUCCGGAUAGUGAGCCUGGCAUGGAUAUAGACCUGCCGGCACCCAGCCACGUACCCACUCAGUCUCAUCGUUUGCUGAGCCCGUUGCCCCCGCUUGGGUUAUCGCAGCCUCUUUCCGUACCGCGGCGCGACACCAAUCCCGAUCCCGCCGUUUUGCAUCUACUGCGCGACGAGCACGGCAUGCUGCUCGUCCGAGAAGGGGUAUAUAAUGUCGAACACAAUAACGCCGGUAUCGAGGUCACGGCUGAAUGUCAGGAACACAAUAACAUGAAUAUCGCUACAGUGGGGAAUAGGAUGCCGAGAGGUGAUAGUGGGGAUGGGAAUUGGAGUCGGAUGCCUUCGUCGCUCGUGGGGACAUCCCCGGUGCGCCUCCAUGGACCAUCGCAGCGCCUGCGCGCGAUGCCCCGAGACGCAGUGCGCGAUGAGAAUGCGUUCGGCGACGCCGGUCCACUGGGGAAGAAGCUGGUGAUGGGCGAUGACGGAGGCGACGUGUAGUUGUACGAGGACAUGGUUAUGUGUGGCCUUGCGACGUAAGGGGAGAGGCGGCGUGGAUGGUCAGGUCAGUGGCGAUGGGCCUGGUGGAUGGGCUGGCGCGGCUGAGGGUGAAGACCGUAGU